AAUUGGAGAUAAUAUAGAGAGAAAAUGAUAGAGAAUGAAAAGAGAGAGUAUCUCGAGAAAAUGAGAAGAGAGAAAGUAUUGUGGUAAAAGGCGAAACGCUCGCCCCCAGUGCCCCCGUCGUACCCGACCCAAGGCUAUCACGAGGGAGGUAAAUCGCAAUAUCUGAGUGAGCAUGUGACAGACAUGGUGAUUACAUAGAAAAAUGAGAAGAGAGAAAAUAUGUUUACAUAAACAAGGAGAGAGAAAGUGAAAUGAAAAAAAAAUAUAUAUAAAAUAUUUUUAUCCAAAACUUAAUUUUUAUUUUCAUUCCUAUCCAAAUCUAAGGAAUGAGAUGAGUUUAAUCCGUACAUAAAUUUUUAUAUUUCAUUCUAAAAUUUUAAUCCUAUUUCUAUUAAUUAAAUAUAAAGAAAUAAAUCUAUUCCCUUAUGAUUUAAAUCUCUAAAUGAAACGUCACUAUAGUUCGGUAUUGAAAUGACUUUAUAGGACGGCAAAGCCGCGACGAUCAGUUGCCAGACGGACGGAACAUUGCCGUGACAUUUUCGAAAUUUUUCUCUAGGGAUUGAUGAAAUUUUUUCGCAAUACAGUAGCGAUGACUUGCAAAAUUAGUAGUCUUAAAAAUUGAAAAUGAAAGUUAUAUAUGUAAAAACAAACCAUGAGAUGCUUCUUGUCGCCGCCUCAUGCAACAUGUGGGAACUGCUACACUACACGAUGACAAACCGGCACAGGCUGCUAAAUAACUCGACACAGUCGUCCGUUAUCACGGCGCCGUAACUUACGACCUGAGCAUUUAAUCACCGCCUCGGCUUCAAGCCCUGAGUCCGACUCCCGAGUCCCAAGGCCCGAGCCAUCGCGUAGCGGUGCGGUUACCGCCCUGUUCUUCGAACAGUUUGAAGCUCACCCAUCCUAACUCACUCGGCAACUUCACCUGCAAUACCAACUAAUGGUCCCACGAAUUGGGUGGACUAAAGCGGUGGAGAAAGAAUUGGGUUGGUCAACCAAAGCGGACGUCAGCUGCGGGAUUUAACCGGAUUGAAUGCGUCGGUUUCCGGCUGAAUUUAAAUUAACAGAAGCAGCUGCUGCUUGCUGCGAUCGAACUCACACACACGGUGCGACGCCAAGCGCUGUAAGAAAGCACGAAAUCGUCCGGCGGAAGAGCGGGAUACGAGAGGCGGAAGCGAUGGGCAAGCCGGCAGGCUCAUGCUUCAAGAUAAUGGGCUGCGGUGGAGGCGGAGGGGACGCCGUCGAAAAUGACGAUCUCUUGCCGGAAGAGGCUACAACUUCAGCAGACAACCGUAGGUGGAGUUUUCGAAAGAGAUCAUCUAAGCAUCGUGUCCUAAGCAACACAGUGAUCUCAGAACCCAUAUCUGUUUGCUCCAGUAAGGAAAGCCAAGAACUUUCUACUGCUAAUCUCCAAUCUCCAAAUUUUUCUUUCCCAGAAGCGGUCCAGGAACAAGAAAAGCAAACCAAAACUUCUCAAUUGCCAUCAGAGAUAUCAAAUACAGAAGCUACUUCAACCCUUUCUAACAAAACUGCAACUCCAGCUGGUCUUGCUCUCAGUGAAUCUAUUGUAGUUGUCUUUCAGGCAUCUAUAAGGGGAUAUUUGGCUCGGGAAGAACUACACAAACUCAAGUGCAUUGUCAAGUUGCAAGCAAUUGUACGUGGAUAUCUGGUUAGGAAGCAGGCUAUUGGAACUUUGCAGUGUAUUCAGGCCAUCAUCAGAAUGCAAGUGCUUGUAAGAGCUCGUAUUACUUGUCAAUUGACCGAGAAGUUAAGGUCAGCCAAUAAUGGGAAUUUCCAGGAGGAGGGAGGUUCUUUCAAUAAUCCAGACAAGUCACAGAUUAACAAAUUACUUAAAAAUCGCUUUGCUCGUCAGCUUUUUGAGUCUACACCUAGGAAAAAAUCAAUCUUUGUCAAAUGUGGUCCAUCAGAGUCUGAUUCAGUAUGGAAGUGGUUGAAGAGAUGGACCGCUGUCACUUCAUCAGGAGUAAGCCAACAACCUGUGAAAAAAUUUGACAUUGGCCACCGGCUGCUUGAAGGGAAAACUGAUGAUGCUGAGAGCGUACCUAAGAAAUCGAUUCCUCAUGCAGUUUCCUCAGACUUUUCUGAUCCAGUGUUGGUUACAAGCAAAUUGAUAAUGGAAGAUGAUGGCAAACAUGACUUCAUGAUUGAAAACAUCGGUGGCUUUCAGUCUUGUACCUCUGGCUUUCAGUCUUGUACCUCUCUAGCUGCUCAAUAUAAUUCAAACUAUUUACAGGAGGAUGCUGAGAAAUUGCAACCCAAAAAUGACAUUUUGGACAUUCUGGACAAUACUGAAUCAAAGGUUGUUAAUGAUGAGAGAUUGGAUUGCAUAGCCAGUAACAAACAAGCAGAGGCAAAUAGAAGUUCAGGAUUAACAGGUGAUACUUCAUCUGUUAGGAAAUGCAGUUUCAACCAUGAUACUGGAAAGGCAUGCUCUGAAAUUCUAGAGAAUGGAGGUAAGAAAUUUGCAAUUAGUUCAAGAAAACCAUGCAACCCAGCAUUUGUUGCAGCUCAGUCAAAGUUUGAAGAGUUGAGUUCAAAGUUAGCUGUUGGCCUAUCUGUCAGUUCUGCGUAUCAAAUUUCCUCAUCAAAAUCAAAAUCAGAAAACCAGACCAUUCAUGCAAGUUCUUUAGCAGAUGAUAAUACUGAAGAAAUUUCAGCUAAAACCUCAGUAUUCUAUGAUUCAAAGCUUCAAACUGCAGCAUCAGAGUGUGGCACUGAGAUUUCUAUCUCUUCCACGCUUGAUUCGCCUGACCGAUCUGAUACGGAAGAUGGGGAAAUUGUUCUUGAGAUCAGAACCUUGGAGAAUAAGAAUUAUGGCAUUGCAGCUGAUGCAGAGAAUGCUUUUGAACCUUCCAGUCUAAGUGGUAAUGGUAGACCUGAUGGCAAAGAUGAUGAGAGUGCACAUUCAAUUGCUUCCAUCAACUUCAUGCAGUUAGAUAACAAUCCGGCUGAGACAACCACAUCAGAUGCAGCGACUCAUCUGGAACUCACAACAGAACACGGUAGAUCACUUGAAGAACCUCCAAUAAACUAUGAAUUGGCAGCUGAUCCACAUGGAACCCCAUCUAGUGGUAUAUCUGAGAACUCUAUAAAGAAAAAGAAGUAUGAUACCACGUCUACACAUAGGCAAAGACUGCAAUUCAUUGGUAAAAAGCCAUCAUCAGGUCCAAAUAAUGAUUCAGGUAUAAGAUGUAGCACGGAAAAUUUAAGCAAGGAUGUGAAAAUUCCAAAGAGGCACAACUCAUUCGGGAUGGCAAAGAAUGAUAAUGUUGAACAGGAACCUAGGCUUAGUAGUAGCAACUCCCUUCCAGGUUAUAUGCAAGCCACUGCAUCAGCAAGAGCUAAAGCCUGUGCUAGUACAUCUAGGAAGUCCAGCCCCGAUAUGCAAGAUAAUCAGCAGAAAAAGCGACAUUCCUUGCCUAUCGAAAAUGGCAAGCAGAGUUCAUCCCCACGCAUGCAAAGAUCAGCAUCACAAGCCCAGCCAGAUGCUAAGGCCAACUGCGUUCAUUCUCCUCACACUUCAGCAGAGAGAAAAUGUUAAAGAUGAAAAAAAAAACAUCGAAGACAAGUGAUCAAGAUGCAGACCUGGAAUUUGGUUUUGCUAAUUAAAUGCUUCUAGGUGAGUUGGUUUAUUCAAGUGUUUCAUGAUAUUAUGGUCAUCUUAUAUUGGGGCAGAAUAAGAAGCUUACGAACAUUGUUAUAAAUAUAAAUUGUGCACAUCCCAUACUAGAAAAGUUCCUAUGUAUCAAGCUUGUCUAUGUUGUGAUAAUAUGUGUACGGUGUUGUCUAAGGAUGGAUGUCUACGAGCAUUUGUUAUAUAGUGAGUUUUAUGUAUGUAUUUUGAUAUUUGAUGUGAUAUGUAUUGUAAAUGUGAAUGGAAAAUGGAUAGGAGGGGAUGCAAAUUCAGA